UCAGAAUGUAGCUCUAAUUUUAACUGACCCAGGACUGAGACUUAAUGUUCACAAACAGCAACCAGGACCACACAGUCUGACCAUGUUUAACAAGAAGACCGGAAUCUAAAUGUAGCCUACUCACCGUGUGAAAAGCUGCUCUCAUUUCUCUUUCAUUCUUUGUAUUUUUGAUUCGAUGAUCUUCUUUUCUUCGGAUGUCCUGUCAGAGUCCCGGGCUGAAGGCUCGGUGUCCCCCCCGGAGCCUGAGCGAGCUGGCGGGCUGAUGGAGGGUCAGAGGAAGAGGAAGAGGACCAUCUUCAGCCGAGCGCAGCUGUCCGAGCUGGAGCAGGCCUUCGCUGUGACCCCUUACCCGGACAUCACCCUGAGGGAGAGGCUGGCCGCGCACACCCACCUGCCCGAGAGCAAGAUCCAGGUCUGGUUCCAAAACAGAAGAGCUAGAAGCAUCAAAACUGGGAGACUCUCCAAGUCCAGCAAGUCAGUCCUGACAGGUAGAGCUGUCGUGGAUCCGUCUCCUGGGCCUGUCAGCUCUGCUUUCCUUACCUCCACCUCCCUGGCAGACAUAUUCAGACCUGAGCAGACCCACACCUGUGAGGACGUCCCACAGAUGUUCUCAGACUGGAUCCAGAUCUAUGGCAACACCAUUUCAUCGCCUCCAUCCUCCUCAUCCCUCCACCAGCAGCCCCCUGAGUCUCGUCUCUGGGAGGAGGACCCCCACCAUCAGACCCUGGGACCAGCUCUGCCCAGUUUCCUCCAUCAGCAAGUCGGUAGGCAGCCCCACCACACAGCCCCCACCCGCUCCUCCUACCAGGCCUUCAGGAACUUCAAACCCCAGACUGCUGCUCCGUCUGGGGCUCAUCAGCCAAUGUACGGGGGUGGAGGUCACAUGUCUGUAGAUCAGGUGGUCCCGUCUCAUCCUCAGCAGGUGUACUGGGAGGUAACUCAAGGACAGGGACACCACCCACAAAUAGGACCACAGACCUCUAUGGGUUACAUCUCAGACCUGAUCUACAACGCUGCAAUUGUGACCAACUUCCUGGAGUUCUGAGCAGUCUGAACGUGGACAGAAACAAGUGCAAAUAUCUUUUUCUAUCAUUAAAACUCUUAGAAUUAGUAGGUUAUUUAUUUUUGUCCCUUUGCAACAACGUUGGUGUCUAAAACUGUCAUAUUUUUAGAGAUUAUUGUUCCUGAAAUCCUGUUUUCAUAUAGCUGUUUUUGUCUUUGACUUGUGUUUUAAAGCUCUAUGUUCCAGUCAUUGUCAUUUUCAACAUCAUCAAUGUUGAAAAUGAUUUACUCAGUAACAGUUGCUCACAUCAGAAGUACGCUAAAGCAUCCUGUGUUUAGAGUUUUGCAGAGGCAAAGCAGCUGUAAAUGUUGCUGUAUGUUAGAAUGGUUAGUGCUCAUGCCUAUACUAACUUGCUCCAGUGUUUAAUCAUUCAUAUUUAAUGUUUUUUAAAUAAAUAAA